CUGAAUUUCACUUUGGUUAUCACUCUCCCCACCCCUUCCCCCGCAUCUGGCCAAUCCUGCAGGACAACAGACAAUUCUCCAAAGACCAAAGCAGAUUGGUGAGGUGAAUGAUAUCUCUCCGUGAUUGGCCGUACGAGCCCUUUCCUUCCGAAGACUGAAGGAGUAGCGGUGUUCUGCAGUCUUUGGGAAAGAUGGCGGCAGCCGCAGCCCGCGGAAUCGGUUCCAAAGUAGGCCAGAACCUGAGAGAGAUCCGCAUCCACUUGUGCCAGCGCUCGGCCAGCAGUCAAGGAGUGAGGGACUUCAUUGAGAAACACUAUGUGGAACUAAAGAAGGCGAAUCCCGACUUCCCCAUCCUGAUCCGUGAGUGCUCCAAGGUGCAGCCCAAACUAUGGGUCCGCUAUGCUUUUGGCCAGGAGAAGAAUGUCUCCUUGAACAACCUCAAUAGUGAACAAGUGGCUACAGCUCUAGUGAAUGUGAUGAAUAGCAAAGCCUGAAGUCUCAAGAAAACAUAUUAAGAGUUGCCUCAGAGCUUUGGUUCUGAUGGACCGGGAAUGAAAUAUCCACAUAUUGUAAAAUUCUUUCCAUGUAAACCUUGUAUUGUAAUUGAACUAUAAGUUUUCUGAAUGUUCCCUUUACUCCCCAUCCCCAAACAUACACAUUUAUCCACCAA